AUGCGCGAGUACAAGGUGGUGGUGCUGGGCUCGGGCGGGGUGGGGAAGUCGGCGCUCACGGUGCAGUUCGUGACCGGCACCUUCAUCGAGAAGUACGACCCCACCAUCGAGGACUUCUACCGCAAGGAGAUCGAGGUGGACGCCUCUCCCUCCGUCCUGGAGAUCCUGGACACGGCGGGUACUGAGCAGUUCGCCUCCAUGCGGGACCUCUACAUCAAGAACGGGCAGGGCUUCAUCCUCGUCUACAGCCUGGUCAACCAGCAGAGCUUCCAGGACAUCCGACCCAUGCGCGACCAGAUCAUCCGCGUCAAGAGGUAUGAGAAGGUGCCAGUAAUUCUGGUUGGUAAUAAAGUGGACCUGGAAAGUGAGAGAGAAGUAUCAUUGAGUGAAGGCAGAGCCUUAGCUGAAGAAUGGGGCUGCCCCUUUAUGGAGACCUCUGCUAAAAGUAAAACAAUGGUGGAUGAGCUCUUUGCGGAAAUUGUUAGACAAAUGAACUAUGCAGCACAGCCAGACAAAGAUGAUCCAUGCUGUUCUGCAUGUAAUAUACAAUAGCAUUAAAAAUUGCCUAACCUGGACUUAAUUUGCAGAAAUUUUGUAAGGUGGUAAAACUGUCUACUUCACUUCCUGGUUUGUGGGUCACUUGA